AUGGCCCAGCAUGGUGCACUUGGAAUUACUACAGGCCCAACGUACCUCUCGGAGACCUUGCGGCUGAAAAAACUUAUCCAGGGUUGUGCUAUAUUCCACAAUGCUGUCCAUCAUUUCGGAGUUGAAGGCCAAAUCUUCAAUCGCACCCCCGAGGAUCAAAAGGACAAAAGUCAAUAUCGAGAUGCAGUACUCACAAUCAAACGGUACGAUCAGAAGUAA